AGCUCAUGACCCAAUUCCAACCAACCUCUCAUUCGUCUCUGUCUUGACAUCUGUUGUAUCACUCGACAUCACAACCAUGGGACGGCAGCUGAUAUGGGAAGUGAUUCUCGUCUUCCUAGCGCUUGAUCUGAGCAUCAGUAGAGUUGCAUCAUUUCCAAGCAUACACUGUGUAUACUAUAAGCAUGUGAGGUCUCACAAGGCACAGCUACGGACCAAAUCGGCUUGGGCCCCUUAUUCGAAAUCAAUGCAUCAGACCUCUGGAAAGAACUCUGCUGAUUCAUCAGAAACAAGUCCAAAUGGUAGCAAGUCACUGGCAGAGCUACUCACUCCAUCCAAAGACGCACAGCCGAGUCAAAUGAGUGGGACAGAAUUGGCCUACAUCGGUGACGCUGUUUUUGAACUUUUUAUUCGAUCAAGGCAUGUGUGGCCUUCCCAGAGAACCUCCGACUUACAGGACACAGUAGUGUCCACUGUGAGAGCGGAACAUCAAUCCCAUUUGUUGCAACAAAUCAAAGAGGAAUUCCCUCUAUCUGAAGCGGAAACUAGAGUCAUGAUGCGUGGACGCAAUGCUGUCACCAGAUCCAAGAAUCGAAGAAACCCUGCAGCAUAUCAAGACUCUACUGCUUUUGAAUGCCUCAUUGGAUACAUGUACAUUGCAGAACCACCGAGAUGCCAAGAGUUGCUGAAUUGGUUGGAAGAUCGAGUCGACAACCAGCAGUAGGCGUAGUGGUUCGACAGGAUUGUUGAUAUAGACAAAGACACACGAAGGGGAAGGUCAUCUUUUGAUGGAAAGCCAUGGCUCGUACUAUCUAAAGAAUAUAGAUAGGGACUUCUGAAGUCCUAUCGAAUACAACGAGUGAUCGGGGGCAACUCGAGAACAAGCUAAAUUCGUUGCGAAUGCCAAAGUCUCUUUUGGCGGCAGCUUGUGCAAGCCAACUUUAAAAACAACAUCACGCAAUGCCCAAAGACUAUGCCGGCGACGGCUU